AUGUAUUUUUAUGAAAACCGGUUAGCUACAUUCAUAAACUGGCCAUUCACUGAGAGCUGUUGUUGUACACCAGAAAAUAUGGCCAAGGCUGGUUUUCUACAUUGUCCAACUGAGGAUGAACUGGAUGUUGUUAUGUGCUUCUUCUGUCUGAAGGAGUUGGAAAGCUGGGAGCCUGAAGAUGAUCCCUGGGCAGUACACCAAAGUCACUCUCCAUCUUGUGAAUUCCUGGCACUGAAAAUGGAUGUAUUGGAUCUGACAGUGGAAGAGUUCUUCAAGCUGGAGAUGGACUGGCUGAAGUUGUACCUGAAAAAGAUUGCUUCGGAGCAAGUCAGCAUCUACCGAGAGUCGGUGAAAGCUGCAAGAGUGAAAGUCUUGGGAAAGCUGACUGGAGCUGACCCGUAA